GUGGCGUAAAUGGAGAGAGGAAGGUUCGUACUUUAAAUACGGAGAAAAUCACUUCUUACCAGAAAACCCAAUUUGUUUUCAUUCCUUGCUUGCUUGGCAUCAGGAAUUGCUUUUUCUAUUAAAAGAAAAAGCUUAAUCUGCUGAUUGAGCUUCUCGGCUACUGUUGCUUCUGAGUUACCUUUGGGGCAGAGAGGAGAACUGAGGGAUUGUCUUUGGGACACAUGGAUCAGAGGCUCUCAACAGAUGCAAUGAACCAUAAGAAUGGCAACUAUGUUCGUAUCGAUGGUCCAGAGGACCCAGAGUUGGGAAUGUUUGACAAACCCCUUCCUUUUUGUGGUUGUGGAAUUGGAUGGUUUUCACUUCUGCUUGGAUUUGUAUUCCCAGUGAUGUGGUACUAUGCUGCAUUUCUCUACUUUUAUAAAUAUUAUGAUAAAGACCCAAGGGAACGAUCUGGGCUUGGUGCUUCGGCAGUAGCUGCUUCGGUUUGUACAGUUGGUGUUUUGAUAGCCGUGAUAGUCAUUGUUAUCAAAUCCUUGCAUCCAUAACAUUGGCAUCAUAUAAAUAUCCCAGUGCUGAUGAUGUUCAGAUCAAGCGUCCUCCUGUAAUCAAAUCACGGUCAACAAGAAAAAUUGGCAUUAUGGAAUGCUAGGGGUACUGGUUUCUGAAGAAUUUCAGGUUUACGUGUGAUAGUUUGCACGAUGCAAACCGUGUACAGUAGCAUGCUACAGCUUAGCUCCCCUUAGUAGGGUAUUGAUGUACAGAAAAUAUUGUAGAAAAAUAGUACUUGCACCAACCUUAGAGAGAAACUUUCAUUUGACAUGCUUGCAUCUGUGAAGCAACUGAAGUCAAGUGCUAGAGGCUGCAACUUAGGUUUGGUCCCUGUUUAAAUAAUAUUUGGUCCAUGGUUAAUUAUCAGCAAGUAAGAAUUUGAUUCCAUUCUUUA